AUGUGGUCUGCGGCGUUAUGUACAUUGGGCGUUUCGAAACCGAUUUGGGGCUGCAACUGUUUGAACUUUCGCCAAGGAAUGUCCGUGGAGUCUCGUGGCAAGAGGCCUUUAAAAAUCUGGGACAGUUGGCGUAAUGUCCGUAAAGGUCUCGUAGUAGGUAGCUUCGAGGAACUAAUAGUUAGAGGGAAGGACAAAUUAGGAGUGCCAGCCUCCGAACCCGUGCGAUUAGUGUUGGAAUGCGACGGCACGCAGGUCGAGGAUGGCGAGUACUUCAGGACGUUAGCAAAUAAUACGGUACUGCUGCUGCUGCGGCAAGGCGAACGCUGGUAUCCAACGGGUGUCGAUGUAAUUAAGGCUGCGAUAUCAGCAAUACCAAAGAUCGUUUGCGAGACUAUACAUGCGUUGGAGCUGCAGGAUGAAACACCAUCUUGGAAGAUUAUGGAUAACAAGGGUCGAGUCACUGUUGUGUUGCACUGGGAUCAACGGCAAGGCGGUGGUGGCCAAGGUGGCGGCGGAGGCGGUAGUGGUGGUGGCGGCGGCGGCAGCAGCCAGAGUUCCGGUGGGCCGGGUCUAAGCAACGGACCGACGACGGCCGACAAGUUCUCGCCCUCGAAGAAGAGCCUCUCGACGCAGAACUCGAUCGACAAGUCGUCGGUGUCGGGCGUCGGCGUCGGGCCGCAGCAGCAGCCCCGGUUUCCGAGCCCCCAGAUCACCGUCAUCAAUCAUGACGAUCCGCAGUCGGCGAUCUACCACUCGGCCCGGCGGCUGUCCAAGCAGGGUGGCUCGUUCGAUAGCGCCGUCGGCGCCGUACACGUCCACACGCCCGAGUGCGCCCAUCACGCACACAUGCCCACGCGAGCCGGCAGUCCGGGUGCGACCGAGUGUGACUUCCACUGCUGCGCGCUGCACGAGGAGGGCCGGAAGAUCGCGGUACACAAGAACGUGGCCACGUCACCGAUCCAGGAUGGGUCGGCCAGCCCGCAGCCACCGCCGAGCAGCCUGUCCGACAGCCGGCGUACGUCCGCCGCGAAGGGCCACGUGCGCUUCCUGGACAUCGGCCCCGAGCGGGACAGCUCCGAGAGCGAGACGGAGAACACCGUGAUGGAGGACGAGACGGUGACGUCCGAGAAGUUCCUGCUGCUGAUCGACCAGCUGUCGGUCGACCAGAAGCGGCACCUCAGCAUCAAGGACAUCGGCAUCAUCCUCGAGCGGCUCAGCUCGAAGAUCCUCGACGUCGAACGGCUGGACCGCGAGAGCGAGUCGGACGACUGCUACAACUGGACGAUCAAGGCGACGAUACGGGGCGACGCGCUGCGCGAACUAGGUGUUAUUUACAAUGGAAACUACUACGCAAUAUCAGAGCAUCCGGGCUACAAGGAGGAGAACGAGGAGAACGGCGAGGAUGCGGAAGAGGAGGACGAGGAUAGGUUAUAAAAGUCGCGCCGGCAGGAGGUCGGAUGGGGCCGCGACAUCUAGCAUCUAUAAGCCACCGAUGGUUGGUCAACGAAACGCGUGCCACGCAGGAUGCGGGGCGGUAUCUCCUAACGAUCAUCCUUAGUAAACGAGGGCGAUCACCCAUGUGGCGUGCGUUCCACGUUUCAUUCAGACACUCAAACACAUACUCGCAACCGCUUGGGUUGCCGCGUGACUCGAGAACUACUCGAAAGUGACGUUUCAAGGAGGAGCGACGCAGAGUUUUGUACUAGGGCAAGUAAAAAGGCGAUCAAGUCGCAGAUCGACAGAUCAUUCCAGAAGCGAACCACGCACACCACCACUGUGCGAUCAGUGCAGCUGACAGCUUUUGUUUCGUGUAUCGAAAAACGAGGUCGGGUUUGCCUGAGAGAUGUUGGCUGGGAGUAGAAAAACCAGAUGCGCAGGACAAUGAAGAACACGAGCACGUGAGCAAACAACGCGUGACAAAUUUUGCUAACGAAAGCUUUGCCAUUAGUAAGCUACCUGAAAGGCGCUACCCCCAGUCAUCCGCAAACUGCAGUUCAUCGAGAACACUGUCGCUCAUUCGAGCGGAAACUUUGAAACGCAAGGUUUUCCAGGCUUACGGCAGGACUGGGGCUUCGCCAGAGUGAGAGCUCGUUUGAUCGAAAUCGAGUAAAAACAAGCAGCAGCAGCAGGAGUAAGAAAACCACGUACGUGCACACAUAGAAAACAAUGAUAAACUAAAGGGAAACCCGUAUCCUGGGACACAGCUUUCCAUGCAGGGAGGGAGAAAAUGAAAACACUGCACGGAGGAACGGUCCGUGCAGCGGAAGGGGGCGAUUGGAAGCGACGGGGAAGAUGACAUUUUUAAAAUCAAGCUGCCAUUUACGAAACGUAAACCGAAACGAACAAACUCGAAUCGCGUAGGAAACGACGCACUAAAUAUCAAUCAAGAUUGUUAGGACAAAUGGUUGCAUCCAAGCGGUUUGCUACCGUUGGUUCGCUGCGUUGGCUGCACACCAGGAUUAGGAUGCAAUAAAUGCAACGUAUAAUAAAAUGCUACAAUCUAAACAGAACAAAAAAAAACCAACAACAACAAAUAAAUACCUAAUGUUGAAAAAUACAACAAACAAAAAGCGCACAUCAUUGUAAUCAUUACAUAGGGCAAAACAAACAAAGAAAAGAAGAAAACAAAACCUAAACGAACUACGGCGGAAAGGGGGUGAAUUGAGAGAGGAAAAAAAACAUAAACAAAGCAAUUAAAUAAAAAGCCAAACUUUAAAACUGGAACCGUUAAAAGAGAGACAGAGAAAGAGAGAGAGAGAAAAAAAGAACAAAGAAACAUAGUGUAUCGUUAACGGGCUUGCUUGGUUGGAGUAGCAUUUAAUUAAACGAUAUAAAUCAUACAUUCACUCAAAAAUAGAACGGCUACAGUUAUGUCACGGACCUGUAGUGGGAAGUUUAAUGCAAAUCCAAGGACAAUUUCAAGCAAACAUAGUAUAAAUGGUCGUACUAGACUACACUUUAUUUGUAAAAUAUAGACGAAAACGAGAUCUAAAAAAGAAAAACAAAAUAGAGCAAAAAACGGAAGGCAGGAGGUGUAGGAAUAUAUCUUUAAAUAAAGGUAUUUCCACGGUGCAUUCACUGUAUCUAAUUCGAUGAUAGAGUUUGAAUAAGUUUAAAAACAUACACAAAACAAACACAUAGGAACACAUUGUGAAGAAGCGCGAAACGCAUUAGGAAUCGUGGUGGGGACGGAGCCCGUGAAAACUAUACACAACGCAAACAAGCAACCACUAACGCUCAUACAAGUAAUUAUGAAACAAAGUUUAAAUGAAAAAAAAAAAUAGCAGCAGCUGCAGCAACCAGUAGAUGCACAGUGAGAUGUGAGUUGUUAUGAUGAGUGAAAACUAACAUUUGUCAAAGUACACCUAGUGGAUGGAAAAGAAGGAGAAGAAGAAGCAGAGCGAAUGGACGGUUACAGCCACAGGUGCGAAGAUAGUAAAACACAAAAGAAAACUCAAUAAUUUAACUAUAGAACCACACAGCACAAACAAAAUUUAAACGAAAAACAAGUAAUAAUAAUAAUGAACUAAUGGGAAAAUUGAAAAUAGUCGUACGUGGCGUACCCCUAACAAUCCCGAGUUUCGAAUCCUCCCUUCCCCUCAGAAAACGAAGAAAAAAAACCAAACCAGAACUAUGCAAAAGACCUUCUAUUCGCACCAGUAAAAAAACGGAAAAACCAUGAAUUUAAUACAGAGAAGUGAACACAAAUAAUAAAGAAACAGAAAAAAACACACAACAUAACAAAUAUACCAAUUUGCAUAAGAUAAAGGAAAACAUUAACCAUGAUAAGAAUCCACACACACCACCAUUUGCGUUAGUGGCACAGUGGUGGUGUUCGGGGAUGCAAGUGGGUAAAAAUAAUAUAUAUUAUAUUAUUGGUAAUGAGUAUUUGAACCGAUGUUACAAUCCGCUGUACCGCGGCGAAGCUGGGGUACGGUCACGGGCGUGGGACGUUCGGGAAAGGAGGCGCAAAGACGACGCAAAUACAAAGUGCAAUAAUCGUUUCGAGUGCGCGGCUGAAGAUUUCGUAAAAACGAAUAUAGGUAAAAAGCAAAUAAUCGAAUCUCAACAUUACGUGCGAGCCGCGACAGGGCAGGCAGGACCUUCUUCGGGAUUGAGUUUUACUUUCCAUCGAGUUACUUAAACGAUAAUCGCAGACAUACUCACACUAGCACACGGACACACACACACACACACACAUACAACACAUGUUUGGUGAAACAUUGCAGGGGAAGGAGCCGUACUCCGAGGAAGGAUGUGGGGUGAUCGUGGUGAAAUCGAAUUCCAACCAUCAUCUCAAUGUUGAACAACGCAACAUGCAAAAAUGUGCAUGUGUGUUACCUUGGUAUGAGUAAGUGUGUAUGUGUGUGUAUUUGUGUGAGGAGGGAAAAUAGAAAUUGCAAGUGCAGUACCCGAAAUUGGGAGUGAUGGAAUAAAAACAUACCAAUGCAUCAUCCGAACGUUUCCUUUCGUUCGAUGGGCUGUAGCAGAGUUUUUCCACUACUCAAAGGAAAUCUCCCACACGAUCAGGACACUCGGUUGGCGGUUCGCUGAAAGAAGGAACAAUACGGCUCAAAUCGGAAACCUCCAACGGGGUUGCCCAAUGUGCCAUUGCAGACUAAAUGGAAGGAAUAGUUUUUUUUUCUUUUCCCGGGAAGUGCGGCAUCUAUCGUUUCACUAAGUUACCUUUCAUUUUCUUUUACAUGUACCGUAAUGUAGUGUUUGUUAACGGACAGUUUGCUUCAAGCGAGCAGCCAAUAAGUAGUAUUUAAAAAAAUAUAUCUUCCAUGGUAAUGCACUGCUUUUGAACUCAGACUCCAACCUUUUCUAUCAAACCAGCAAGAGGGAAGCAUUCGCUACU